AUGUCAUCCUCUACAAGCGACAUUCAAAGUCCUGCUGUUGUGCAGCUAGACAUACACAAGGUCGAUAAAAAGACCAUCGAGCCAUACAUCUUGAUGCAGCGUGCAGCAAACUACUUGGCUGGUGCAAUGAUCUUUUUGCAAUCCAAUUUCUUAUUGGAGCGAAAGCUUAAACCUGAAGAUAUCAAACCUCGCCUUUUGGGCCAUUGGGGAACAUGUCCAGGGAUUAAUCUUGUUUAUGCACACUGCACUCGCCUAAUCAAGGAAAAAUCCCUUCCUAUGAUUUUGGUGACAGGCCCUGGUCAUGGUGCUCCUGCCAAUCUUGCCAAUCUUUUCCUUGAACAUUCAAUUACGCGCUACUAUUCAGAUUAUUCAUACGAUCGUCAGGGCAUUGAACGCCUGCUGAAAGGGUUUUCUUGGCCAAGCGGGUUUCCAAGCCAUACCAACUCUGAAGUACCAGGUCAAAUCCAUGAAGGAGGUGAAUUGGGCUAUGCAUUGGCUGUGAGUUUUGGUGCCGUGCUUGAUAACCCAAACUUGAUUGCAACAUGUGUGGUGGGAGAUGGAGAAUCAGAGACUGGACCAACAGCCACAUCAUGGCAUGCCUAUAAAUUCAUUGAUCCUGCGGUGUCAGGUGCUGUUCUCCCCAUCUUGCAUUUGAAUGGUUACAAAAUUUCGGGACCAACGCUAUAUGGCUGCAUGAGCACGGAGGAAUUGGUUGCCUUGUUUACCGGCUAUGGUUACCAAGUACGAAUUGUGGGUGAUCACCUUGAUGACAUACAGCAAGACAUGGCCGUAUCCAUGGAAUGGGCAAUUGGGGAGAUACAACGUAUUCAAAAAGCUGCUCGUGAGGAUGGUGGCAAGAAUCGAAUUUACAGACCACGUUGGCCUAUGCUUAUUUUGCGAUCACCUAAAGGCUGGACAGGACCCAAAGAGGCUCAUGGUAAAGCAAUUGAAGGCACCUACCAUGCACAUCAAGUACCCCUACCCAAGGCAAAACAGGAUGACGAGGAGCUUGACAAGCUACAAGAAUGGCUCCAAGCCUAUCAUCCAAAGCAACUAUUUGAUGAACGAGGUCAGCCUGUCAAAGCUAUUCAAGAUUGCUUCCCUGAAGAUGAUCUACGAAUGGGUAUGCGAAAGGAAACGCACCAAGGAACUUACAAACCUCUUGAGCUUCCCGAUUGGAAGGAAUUUGUCUAUGAUAAGGAUGGAGAACAAUCAUCCAUGGAUCUUGCUGGUGCCUAUCUUGCAAAGGUUAUUGAAAAAAAUCGGCAUUCCUUCCGCAUUUUCUCCCCUGAUGAGUUGACAUCAAAUAAGCUCACUCGGGUACUCGAUGUUACAAAUCGUACUAUGGAGUGGGAUCGUGACCUGGUGGGACAAGGAGGACAAAUCAUUGAAGUGUUAUCAGAACACAUAUGCCAAGGUCUUCUCCAAGGAUACACGUUGACUGGUAGAACAGGUUUAUUCCCAAGCUAUGAAGCCUUUCUCGGUAUCGUUACGACGAUGGUGAUUCAAUACGCAAAAUUCCUAAAGCUUGGUCAAGAGACACUUUGGAAACAGCCAUUGCCUUCUCUCAAUUAUAUAGAGAGCAGCACCCUUUGGCGGCAAGAGCACAAUGGAUUCAGCCAUCAAAAUCCUGCUUUCCUCAACAACCUAAUGAACCUCAAAUCCAACAUGAUCCGUAUCUAUUUGCCACCCGAUGGCAAUUGCAUGCUUACCACGAUCGAUCAUUGCCUAAAGUCAACUGGAUACAUCAAUCUCAUUGUUAGUGCGAAGAAUCCUACGCCUAUUUGGUUGACAUCAGCAGCCGAAGUUGAAGAGCAUUGCCGUGCAGGUGUAUCAGUGUGGCCAAAAUACAGCACUGAUGGUGGCAAGGAUCCUGAUGUGGUAUUGGUGGGAUGCGGUGUGGAGACUACAUACGAGGUUGUGGCAGCAGCUGCAUUGUUACGUCGUGAUUGUCCUGAGCUACGAGUGCGUGUCGUCAACGUAACCGAUCUCAUGGUGCUUGGAAUGACGCAUUCACAUCGCCUAGUGCAAAAUGAAUUUGAUGCAAUCUUCACCCCUGAUAAGCCUAUCAUUUUCAACUUCCAUGGAUAUCCAUCUGCUAUCAAAAGUCUAGCCUAUGAUCGAGUGGAUAAUCGUAGGAUGAAGGUGCAUGGUUACAACGAAGAGGGAACCACAACAACGCCAUUCCAAAUGUUGAUUGACAACGGUUGUUCGCGUUAUGACAUUGCCAUUGACGCAUUGCAUAGCUUGUCACCAAAGGAUACACAAGAAGUUGCAAUCAAGACACGUACGCUCAUUUCUAAUUACAGGCACGAUAUCCAUCAGCAUGAAAAGUAUAGCGUUGCAACCGAUGUCGAUCCUGAAGAUGAUCUAUUGAAGGUUUUCGAUUGCCAUAGAUAA